GUCAAAUGCGUGACCACUGCGCCACUCCGGCCCCUAAUCAUUCAUAAUAUUCGAAAUUCUUCUGGUUACACCCUGCUUGGGUAUGUGAUGUCAGAUGCAAAUGAUUUCCUAUGCGUUUGAAUCGGUUGGAUGAUACAAAUCACGUUGCGAUCAUAAUCCUCCACUCGUUUUUAUAUAGAUUUGAAGCUGAUAAGAUGUUUACUCAUUCAAGGAUUAAAAUUGCUAUUAUUGGAGCCGGACCAGUUGGGUCAUUGUGUGCAUGCUUUAUGGCAGAAAAUGGAUAUGACGUUACCGUCUACGAAAGUCGAACAGAUAUUAGACUUGAUAAAUCAACAUCAGGACGUUCUAUAAACUUGGCUUUGUCAGAAAGAGGCAUUAACGCUCUCCGAUUUAUUGGACUCGAUAAUAUUGUUAUUGAAGAACUCACAGAACCUAUGUACGGCCGAAUGAUCCAUUCAACUGAUGGCAAUAAAUAUAGCAUUAUGUAUGAUAUUAACAAAUCCAAGUGUUUGUUCUCUAUUAGCAGAAAGGAACUCAAUGAAUUUUUAUUAACAAAAUUAGAAAAAUAUCCAAAUGUGAAGUUAAACUUUUCACAUAAACUCGUCGACGUUGAUUUUAAUGCUAAUCUACUAACGUUUCAAAAAUUAUUAGAAAACCAACAAGAAACUGUUAAACCGGAUAUAAUUAUUGGAUGCGAUGGAGCUCAUUCCAUUGUUCGCAAACAUAUGAUUCGUCUACCAAUGUUUAAUUAUUCACAGACAUAUAUAGAUCAUGGUUACUUUGAAAUAAGCUUACCAUCAACUGAAACAAAAAAUACUUUAACUCCGGGUCAUCUUCAUAUUUGGCCGAGAAGUACAUUUAUGUUGAUAGCAUUACCAAAUAAAGAUAAAUCUUGGACUUGCACUUUAUUUAUGCCAAUGGAUAAAUUUCCAUCGAUAUUAGAAUCUGAAAGGGAAGAGAUUUUACGUUUUUUUAACGAGUACUUUAAAGAUUUUAUGGAUUUGAUUCACCCAGAACAUUUAUUAAAACAAGUGAAAAAUGGAAAAGCGCGAACUCUCAUUUCUAUUAAAUGUAAUCCAUAUCACGUUAAUGAUAAUUUUCUAUUGUUGGGAGACGCUGCUCACGCAAUUGUACCUUUUUAUGGUCAAGGAAUGAAUGCUGGCUUCGAAGAUUGUACAAUUUUGAACCAACUACUCGAAGAGUACGACCACGAUUUCAAAACUGUAAUUAAAAAUUUCUCAUCGAGAAGAAUUGAAGAUGCAGAAGCUAUCAGUGAUUUAGCUUUUUACAACUAUAUAGAAAUGCGUGAUUUAGUUGCUCGUAAAAGCUUUUUGUGGCGGAAAAAAAUAGAUAACAUACUAAAUAAAUGGUUUCCUCGGACAUGGAUACCGCUUCAUAGUUCGGUUUCUUUUACAACGAUUGGCUAUAAACAAUGCAAGCUCGACAAUCGGUGGCAAGACCAAGUUUUAUUUAGAAUGUUUAUUCUAUUCGCUACAUUCUUCUCCAUCAGUUUAUAUUUUUUUGCAUCUAUAAUGUUAAAAAAAUUACAAUGAAACCAAUUGUACACAUAUCAAUAAUAUUUAAUCAUAGGUACACAAUUAUGAACAAUGUUUAUUUAAUAUUUAAUAAUAAUCAAUAAACUCUUACAUUACACGAUAGUUUCUAUUUUGCGUCCAUGUAUGUAUGUGCGUCAGGUAUAAUUGCAAGUCAAACGAGUUAAAGACAAAAGUCUAAAGGAAAUCAAUAUAAUUUUAAGUAAUAUCAUCCAUAAAGUUAAAAUCCUAAUAAAUUAUGUUUCAAGGAUUCGUACCUUACAUUUAAAUUCCAUUACAGUAGGUAACUUAACUAUUAAUACAAUACAAUUAACUUAUACUUAUCUAUACAAAUAAUAGAAAUGAAAUAAAUUGUUAAAGUGGAGAUUACUGUUGAUUACUUAAAAUAAAUUAAAUAUUACCAAUGAAACUUACUCUACGCCGCUCCCGCUAUUUAUAAUUAUAAUAAAAAUUAUCAUAUUACAAAUUAUUGC